UACCGCCGUCUCGCGAGAGCCGAGUUCUCGCGGACAUGGCGGCGCUGUGCGAGGCCUUCACGCUGUGCGGGUUGGGGCCCAGCGGCGGCGUCGGGCUCGGGAGCGGCCUGUUGGCGCUGGAGCCGGGCGCUGACCCCGACCACGUCCUGCUCACCGACCGCGGCAGAACGGCCACGCUUUUUAAGGUCUCAGAUCAGAAGCCCCUGGGCUGUUGGUCAGUCAAACAUGGGCAGAUUAUCACGUGUCCAGUCGUGUGCAACUUUGAAACUCGUGAAUAUAUCGCUGUUCAUGAUAACAAGGUUUUAAGAAUAUGGAAGGAUGAAGAUGUUAACUUGGACAAAACAUUUAAAGCAACACUGUCAGCUGAGGUGUACAGGAUACAUUCACUGCCCCAUGCGGAACCGUUGGUAUUAUUCAAAGGAGGGGGUGUUCGAACUUUAGAUGUUCUUUUGGAAGCUCCACAACAAGAAAUUGAAAAUGUUAUCUCAGAUGAAGUGAUCAAGUGGAGUGAAGCAUUUCUGGAAGGUCAACAACCCGUCCUGAUUUUCGUUACAGAGAAAGAUGGAGAUUUUUAUGUCUACGUACAGAAAUUGAAGAUGAGGAGUCUACACAAAUAUAAGCUUGAACAACAGGAAUCAUCUAAUCCACUGAGUUUCACAGCAUAUAUAAAAAAGCAAAUUAUCACGCUUCUUUGUUUAUACUCCAAUGAUUCUGUAUAUAAGGUUCUGAUACCUCUACAGCAAAACAGUGAAGAGGAAGAGCAAACUCUAUCCAAAUCACUGCUACUAAACCUUUCGAUAUCUGGAAGUGUUCUAAAAGGAACUUCUUUUGUUGUUCUUGAUAAAGACCAUGUUGCGGUACUAGGAAGUCUAGCAGCAUCUGGUGAAGAAUCCAAAGAGUGCCUAACAAUAUGGAAUACAAAAUUUCAGACGUUACAAGCUUCAAAGGAACUGCCCUUGGGAACCAGUGGACAAUUGUGGUGUUAUGGGGAAAAAUUUUUCUUCACUCAUGGAAAAGUGCUAACAGUUGUUAUAUACAAGUGUGAAACUUCAUCCUUGGCAGCUGCUGUGGGAAAGCUGAAGGACAGUCAAACCUCUGAUCUUUCUUCAUUUGUAAACUGGGAUACCCUUGGAGAUGAAGAGCUCCCGGUUUCCUUUCAGUCACAGCAGUCCAUAACUCUAAAAUCUGAUUCCAGAAUGAUGUUAAGAUCACAAAAGAGUGCAGUUGCGAAUGUGCAGCCGGGUACCUCCACAAUUGGGCGGCUCUUACUAAGUAUAAAAGAUGCUCCCACAGAUGCAAUUGAAGAUGAAUUGGGACGACUGUUUUCAAAAGCACAGACACCAGAUUUUCAGGCCACCAUUGGAUGUGUAAUAAGUGCUCUAAUAAACAGAUGUAAAACAGAUCCAACGUUCUAUCCUCGGAACUUCCUGGUACAGAUGAUCCAAAAGCGAGAGUUAUCUUACAGUUUGUGUCCAGACUUAAUGGCUGUUGCUUUAGAGAAAAAAGAUGUACAUCUCUUACAAAUCUGCUUACAACGGUUUCCAGAUAUUCCUGAAGAAAUUACUUACGCUUGCUUGAAAGUAUUUUUAAGCAUUAGUGAUGACUAUCUGGAAAGAACAGACGUGAAUCUAGAAUCUGUAAUUUCUUACAUUGAUAUUGAACCAAACAAUAAAGAAGUUAAGACUGAAGUUGUAGAAAAUGGUUUCAAUACUGAACUGGAAGAAGACGGUUGUGGUGUUACAGGCAUGAAGGAAAACAAUACGAUGGACAGUGUUAAAUUCUGCCCUGUUGGACCUCACAAGGCAGCAUUAUUAAAUGCUGUUCUUCAUUCAGCUUACAGUGAAACAUAUCUUCUGCCUCAUCUGAAAGACCUUCCAGCUCAGCAAGCUGUUCUGUUUCUCAGGUAUUUACACUACCUGUAUGUGAAAUGCAGUGAAAAAAUAAAUACAACUCUUCCCGGAGUGCUCUCUCCAACUAUAAAUCAGAUUAUGGAUUGGAUGUGCCUGUUACUUGAUGCUCACUUCACAGUUAUGGUGAUGCUACCAGAAGCAAAAGGAUUGCUUUCAAGCAUGCAUAAAUUUGUGAGAGCCCAAGUACGAUUCUACUCUGAACUUAACAAAAUCGAAGGAAGUUUGCAAGAACUGCAAAGACUUAAAUUCCAAAACAACUGUCAGGCAUAUUCUAUUGAAGUGCUGGAACUUAUUUGAAUAUGAAAUGAAUUAUUAACAAACUUGUUAUUGAUUCCUUUUAUGACAAGGAUGUAUUAGCACUCCAUAUUGGGGAUGUGAAAAGUUGAGUUUUCUGCACAGGAAGAACGUGGUUACUCAAUAGCUGUGUGGGGGGUUGUGUAUUAAAAGCUCUUUUUUGACUGGAUGAUUUUCUUAUAUUUUCAUUGUAAUUUUGUUAUGCAGUCACAAGAAUGUCCUAAAAUUGCCAAGAAGUGGUAGGAUAUUUGUAAAAAGGCUUUAACAGAUGUUUCAUCAAAUUAAGUGUCACUUCUAUUCCUCUUGCUUCUUUUUCACUUACUGGCAGUUGAAUUCUCAGAUUCUUCAGAGCUCUCUUAUCUCUGCUCUGAUUAGGAACUAUAGAUAUCCAUUUGAGCUUGUUUUAUUUCAUUUUCUGUUUUUAAGUUGAUUUUCUUUUAUACAUAUAUAUAUUUAUUAUUUUCUGAACAAGAACACCACCAAACUAAGAACAUUUUUACCUUCGUUCUUGUCUGUUUCUCCUAAGUACUUUUUCAGAGUGAACAUCUCAAGUUAACCUCAUUCAUACUGCUUGUUCUGUACAGCUUGAAUUCAAGCAUUCCAAAUUAUCACAGCUUUCUGAAUGCAACAUUUGCUGAAUGUAUUGCAGGUAUAGGCAGGUAGUGCAUUGUACGUCUGAUGAGGCACUCACUGGAACAUGCCUUUCAAGAGAACUGUUUCUCAUCUAUCUCAAGAACAGAUGCAGUACAGAGUAUCAUAUGUAAAAUUCCUCCUUUUUGGUAUUCAACUCACUUAAAAAAGUAUAUUUCUAAUUAUACCAACAGACUCAAAAGGAUUAAUUUGCAGUUCUGACUCUGAAAGUUAACGUACUCCGUGAAACCAUUUCUCUAGCUCUACAACUAGAAUUCUUUACUAAACAGAAUAUUAAGCACUUCUAUGUGACAACUAAUAAAUAAGAGGUCACUGA